UCUAGUUGUGCCGACAAGCGACAAGGGGGAAGAAAGAAAAAAGUGUUCGUGAAAAGUGUUCGGAGUGGUCGUCGUGAAAUUUUGCUAGUGUGAUUGAUCAAUCCGAAAUUAACAUCUAUCGACGCUCCACUUGCGAGAAACAUUUGAGUCUUCCCGAAACCAAUUGAAAUCGUUGAGAGUAUAACAUUCGAUAUGGCUCAGGAAGGUCAGGAUAUUCCCACUUUCAAGUGUGUGCUGGUUGGCGAUGGCGGCACUGGCAAGACUACGUUCGUCAAACGCCAUAUGACUGGCGAAUUUGAAAAGAAGUAUGUGGCCACACUCGGUGUGGAGGUGCAUCCUUUAAUCUUCCAUACCAAUCGUGGAGCUAUCCGUUUCAACGUAUGGGAUACAGCAGGACAGGAGAAGUUCGGCGGUCUGCGUGAUGGCUACUAUAUUCAAGGACAAUGCGCGGUAGUUAUGUUCGAUGUAACUUCCCGAGUUACAUACAAAAAUGUGCCCAACUGGCACAGGGAUUUGGUGCGUGUGUGCGAGAACAUUCCCAUAGUUCUCUGCGGCAACAAAGUCGACAUCAAGGACCGGAAAGUUAAGGCCAAAAGCAUUGUCUUUCAUCGUAAAAAGAAUCUUCAGUAUUACGACAUUUCGGCCAAGUCCAACUAUAACUUCGAGAAACCAUUCCUCUGGCUGGCCCGCAAGUUGGUUGGCGAUCCCAACCUAGAGUUCGUUGCCAUGCCGGCACUCCUGCCGCCAGAGGUAAAAAUGGACAAGGACUGGCAGCUGCAAAUCGAACGUGAUUUGCAAGAGGCCCAGGCGACCGCCUUGCCGGAUGAGGAUGAGGAUCUUUAAGCGAGAAGCGUAUUUAAAAUAGUUAACUGAGAGACGGCAGGCCUAUGCACACACAACAUAUACACAUACCCACCACAACAAUCACACACACACAACAUACAAAAGACGGCUCCAGUACCAGAAAAACGAAGAUAAAUCCCCGCACGACCAGAGCAACUGCAGCCGAAACAAACAAAAUCGCAAGCGGCUGCUUGCUCUCCACCCAGUGAUACAUCCAGAACUGUUUUGGCAGCUAAUUUUGUUUAUCUGACAAACGUUUGGAGAUAUCACAACACAGCAGCAACACAACAGCAACAUAACCAGGAAUCCAGAACACAGAAACAGCAGCAGCAGCCACUCCACCAGUGAUGCAUCCACAACAACAACAACAACAUCAGCUGCUGCUGCCCAAAGUUAGGAGACCUCCAGAUGGACACAACAACACCCUCAACAGCAGCACCCCAACCCCGUUUUCCAGUUAGUCGCUCUAUGAAAAUAAGUGCAUAGUUUUUUUUUUUUUAUAAUUAAAUUUUGUUUUGCCCUGGGGCGAGUAAUU